GACCAUUUUCAGUGAGGAAAGCGCUGUAUCCAUUUUCAGCGAGGAAAGCAAUCUUCCCUAUAUGUAUCCGUACAAAGCCAUGGAAGAGAUAAUGUAAAUUAUUCACAAAACAAAAUAAAGAAAAAGAAGUUACAAUCUCUAUCUGUCUCUCUCAAGAAAUAUUCGAGUACAAUAAGAUCUUCUCAUCCUGGUUUUUCAAAACUAUUAAUAACGUUAAUUGUGUUAAUGGCAUCUGUCAAGAGACCUUUGCAGUGUUUGUUGAGUAGAGUUUGCAGGGAGACUAGGAGAAGUUAUGGUACUCUUCCUGAAGGAACCUCUCCUUCCCCUUCUCAAAAACUCAUCAGCUUGGAGUAUGAAUUCAGCGCCCACAAUUACCAUCCAGUUCCUAUUGUAUUCUCUCAAGCAAAGGGUUCAACUAUAUGGGAUCCUGAAGGCAACAAAUAUCUGGAUUUUCUUUCUGCUUAUUCAGCUGUUAAUCAGGGACAUUGUCAUCCAAAGAUAAUAAAAGCAUUAAAAGAGCAGGUAGAAAGGCUUACUCUGAGCUCCAGAGCCUUUUAUAAUGAUAGAUUUCCAAUAUUUGCAGAGCGCCUAACAAGCAUGUUUGGCUACGAUAUGGUGCUACCAAUGAACACUGGUGCUGAGGGUGUUGAGACAGCUCUCAAGUUGGCUAGGAAAUGGGGAUACAAGAAGAAAAAAAUUCCUAAAGAUGAGGUCAUUAUCGUCUCUUGUUGUGGCUGUUUCCAUGGCCGUACGUUGGCUGCCAUCUCGAUGAGUUGUGACAAUGAGGCAACUCGGGGUUUUGGACCAUUGUUGCCUGGACAUGUCAAGGUUGAUUUUGGUGAUGAAGUUUCCCUUGAGAAAAUAUUUAAAGAAAGAGGAGAUAAAAUAGCUGGAUUUCUUUUUGAACCCAUCCAAGGAGAGGCAGGGGUUAUAAUUCCCCCAGAUGGUUACCUAAAAGCCGUAAGAGAUAUUUGUUCAAAAUAUAAUGUUCUAAUGAUUGCUGAUGAAAUUCAAACUGGCUUAGCACGGACAGGAAAAAUGCUGGCCUGUGAUUGGGAACAAGUUCGCCCUGAUGUAGUAAUACUGGGAAAAGCAUUGGGUGGUGGAGUUAUACCUGUAAGUGCAGUGCUGGCAGACAAAGAUGUAAUGCUCUGUAUUCAACCUGGAGAGCAUGGAAGAAGUCUUUCCACCUUUCAUCGCUGGUACCAGGAGAAUAGCUGGACCAUCACCGGCCCGAUCGCCCAGCUCCGACACCAGAAAAUCCCGCGCAUGAGGCUCACACGCCUUCCCUUCUUGGCGCGUGAGACAUCGUUCGAAGCUACGUCGCCGCUCCGAUCACUCCGGCGCCGAUUCCGACCAUCUUUCCGGCCUUUCCGUAACGCUACAUGAUCUUUUGGUGAUUCAGUUGGGUUCUCUUGUGUGUACAAUCUUGGGUACCUUCUAUUCUUUCACUUUUCAUUUGUUCUUACUACGGUAGAAGGGAAAAAGGUCUCAAUUCCUAACUCUGAUAAUCUUUCUUGAUAGAACUAAUUAUCUUGCUUGGUUAAGGUCUUGUUUGUUGUUUAUUAAGGCUAGAGGAUUGCCUGGCUAUGUCACUGGUAAUAAAAAGCAAUUGGAUAAGAGUGAUCCAGAUUUUCCUCAAUGGGAUUCGAAUAAUUGUCUUGUUAUGACAUGAUUACUUAAUUCUAUGCAACUUCAUAUCUCUAAAUCAUAUUUGUUAAUUGAUACUGCUGUAAAGAUAUGAAAAGUUUUGUUCUUAACUUAUUCUAAGAUUAGGAAUGAUGUUCAAAUUUAUGAUAUUCAGAAUAAGAUCCAUGGUACUAAGCAAGGAGAAAUGACUAUCUCCCAAUUUUAUUAUGAGUUAUGUGGCUUAUGGCAGGAACUUGAUUACUAUCAGGACUUUCAGGCAAACUGUACUGGAGAUGCAGUCAAAUUUUGGAGGAUGAUUGAAAAGGAGCGGGUUUAUGAUUUUCUUGCAGAUUUGAAUAAUGAAUAUGAUCUAAUUCAGGCCGAAGUGUUGGGAAAAAAUCUUUUUCCUUCUCUAGAAGAGGCCCACGCCUAUGUUCAACAAGAGGAAAGCCGUCGACAUGCUAUACUCUAUACUGCACCAGUUGAAAAGGCUGGGUUAGCUACUAGUUUGAGCACACCGCAGCCUCCUAAUUUUGAGAAAGAUCACCUGCAUUGUGACUAUUGUGGAAAACUGAGACAUACCAAGGAGACUUAUUGAAAGUUAUAUGGUCGUCUCACUAGAGGCCGUAGGGGGAAACGAAGUACCUCUAGAACUCAAGCUAAUUUAUCAGAAACUGUGGAGGAGCCUUUUAAGGAGACAAUAUCUUAUGAGUUCCUUUCCCCUAAUGAAAUUCAAAGUCUCAAGCGCCUCCUGUCUCUUAUUGAUACCUCUUCCUCCUCUAGUGCCACAUCUAACUUUAUAAAGUCAGAUAAUGCUUCCUCUAUUGAUACUGUUCCAUGAAUUAUUGAUUUUGGUGCGAAUAGGUGUAUGACAAGCUCUUCUAAAAACUUUUUUAAUUAUUUUUCUUUUCUAAUAAAAAAUAGUGUCAGAAUUGUUGAUGGCUCUUUUACUCCUAUAUCCGAAUUAGACUCUAUUAUUUGUGCACUCAAUAUUAAAUUAUCAUCUGUCCUUCAUACUCUCCGUUUUUUCUGUCAACCUUUUAUCUAUCAGUGCUAUCACCAAUGCUCUUAACUGUAAAAUUGAAUUAUUUCCUGAU